AUGGCUACCACCCCUGAAAACACCUCUGAAGCAAGCACUGGUAAUGAAACCCAUGGGAUAGUCGACCAGACUAGUCCUUAUUUUCUCCAUGCAUUAGACUCACCAGAUAUGAACCUUGUUUUGACUCCUUUUGAUGGAUCUGGCUAUGGUGCAUGGAGGAGAUCUGUGCUCAUUGCACUGUCAGCCAAAAACAAACUCAUCUAUAUUGAAGCUUCUUCUGUCACACCUAGUUCUCACUCUUCUGAAUACAAGAUGUGGAGUAGGUGCAAUGACAUGGUGACUUCCUGGCUGCUCAACUCUCUCUUAAAAGAGAUAGCAGGAAGUGUCAUCUACUCCAAAUCAGCCAAGGAACUGUGGAAGGACCUUGAAGACAGGUUUGGACAACCAAAUGGUGCUACGCUAUAUCACCUGCAAAAGCAACUUGCAGAUUUAGUUCAGGGGUCACUGGAUAUUGCUGCAUACUAUACCAAAAUGAAAAAAAUCUGGGAUGAGCUUGACACUUUAUACACAAAGGUGACAUGCUCUUGUGCUUGUGACUGUGGAGGAAAGGAUAAAAUGGACAAGUCCCUACAGGAUGAGAGGUUGGUGCAGUUUCUUAUGGGUUUGAAUGAUGUGUAUGCACCAGGUAAGAUCAAUAUUCUGAUGAUGUCACCUCUCCCUAGUGUGAAUCUUGCUUACUCACUUCUAAUGCAAGAUGAGAAACAAAGGGAGAGUUACAUGAAUACCAACUUUCCUAGGGGUUCUAGUUCUUUUCUUGCUUCUCAACACUACCCUAUGGGACAAAGGUCAUCUUCUGCUGAUUUUAAGGGUAAGAAAAUGGAACUUGUGUGCUCAAAUUGUAAGAAACUGGGGCACACUGUUGACAAAUGCUUUAGGAUCAUUGGGUUUCCAGCUAACUUUAAGUUUACUAAUAACAAAUCACAAUCUAUGAGGAGCAAUGCAGCAAUAUCAAGUGCAGCAACUGAAAACAGGGCAUUUACUCAAGACCAAAUGAUGCAAAUGAUGCAAAUGUUUCAAAUGUACAUUACUUCACCUCCGGCUUCUCCUCGAGUUCGAAGAUCAACUUCAAGUGCGGUGUGGAUGCAUUUUGAACGAGACCCUUCAGUGAAGAUCCCUCUGGUUCUUGGUGAAGCAAGAGAUGGAGUUUUCCUAUUAUCUACAAGUAUCAAUCAGUCCAAGAAUUUUCUUAGGUCUAGUGUUUCUUUGAAUCAAUGUAUUUCAGUUUCUAGUGUUUCUCCUAUUCCUGUAAGUUAUCAGUCUGAUGUGCAUUUGUGGCACAUUAGAUUGGGACACAUGCCUUUCAAUUUAAUGAAAAAGUUUAGUUUCAUUUCCUCUACACAAUGUGUUGCUUGUCGCCUUCAAAUUUGUCCAUUAGCAAGGCAAACCAAAUUACCCUUCCCCCAGAGUUCCAUUAAGACUAAAAACAUAUUUGAACUAAUUCAUAUAGAUACUUGGGGCCCUUAUAAAACUGCAACUUAUAAUGGCUUUAAGUAUUUUCUAACUAUAGUUGAUGAUUUUAGUAGAGCCAUAUGGACCUAUCUUCUAAGUGCAAAAAGCAAUGCAUUUUCUAUGCUUAAAUACUUUAUGGCCAUGGUAGAAAAGCAGUUUGGGGCUAAGAUAAAAUACAUCAGAUUUCCUUCAUCAGUUCUCAAAGGAAAGACACCCUAUGAAAUAUUGUUUGGUAAUGCUCCAGAUUACUCUUUUCUCAAAAGUUUUGGUUUUCUAUGUUUUGUCUCUAUUCCUAUUCUACAUAGAGCCAAAUUUGAACCUAGAGCUUCACCUUGUGUUUUUCUAGGUUAUCCAACUGGCAAGAAAGGGUAUAAAGUGAUGGAUUUAAAGACUAAGAGGGUGUUUGUAUCAAGAGAUGUUCAAUUUCAUGAACAUUCUUAUCCCUUCUCUAUUCCUAUGAGUACCCUACCAACACAUCAUAGCCAACCUUCUACCCUGAUUCUAGAUGAUGAUGAACCAAAAUCUUCCAUCCCUAAUGUCACUCAUUCACAUGUUUCUGAUUCUGAGAAUGACCCUAUAGUUGACUACCCUGCACCCUCUACACCAACUCAUGUUGAUCCUUUACCUGUCCCUGAUGAGCCUCAUCUUCUAUAUACUUAA